UCAGUUGAUAUGGGGAGUGAACUUUCGGGAGUGAAAAUCAAUAAAAGACUUGCGCUUUGAGGCCCCUCAGAUUCAUCCUGAAUCAUACGCAUCCGCAUACAGUUUCUGGCCCCUUGUAUACGUCCUACAUUCAGAAAUUUUCCUUAACCAGCUUUUCCUUUCGUUUCAUGCGUGUGUGACUCUAUUUUGAGAGACGGAAGUGUGAAUCUUUAUAAAAGUCAUUAAACUGCAUCCCUUGGUGAAAAUUGUCAUUACUUUUCAAAAAAUUCAGUUACCCUUUGAAAUAAGCGGGAAUUUAAUAAUUAGAGUGAACUCUCAUUAAUUGCGAGAACUUUGCGUUUUCUCUCUUCUCGCACCUCAGAAAUAAAGCGAUCGAUUUUCGCAGAAUAUUAAAAAUGGAAGGUGAAAAAGUGGAUCCAGGAGUAAAGGAAAAUAGUGCAACUUCAUUGACAAAUAAUGUAGCCAAUUUGAAAAUUGAAGAAAACACAACGACACCUGGAAGUCCAGCCACAGGUAGUGGUACAUUUCUUUCAAGUUUUAAGGCCUUUUCAAAAUUUGGUGACACUAAAAGUGAUGGCAAACACAUUACACUCAGUCAAAGUGAUAAAUGGAUGAAACAGGCAAAAGUAAUUGAUGGCAAAAAAAUCACCACCACAGACACUGGAAUUUAUUUCAAGAAACAAAAGUCAAUGAAAUUGAAUGUUGAACAAUAUAAAUCUUUCCUUGAUGAGCUCGCCAAAGCUAAAAAAAUUGAAUUAGCUGAAAUUAAAAAUAAAAUGGCUAAUUGUGGACCGCCCGGUAUAUCUAAUGUGGGUGGGGCUGGCAAAGCUGCAUCGACAGUUGAUAGACUGACAGACGUGAGUAAAUACACAGGAUCUCAUAAGCAACGAUUUGAUGAAACUGGCAAAGGAAAAGGAAUUGCCGGUCGAAAGGAUAUUCCUGAUAAUUCGGGAUAUGUGCAGGGAUAUCAGAAUAAGGACACACACAAGGCUCAGUAAUCCUUGAGAGUUCAUUAAAAAAUGCUGGCACCAAAGUUACACUGUCCAUCAGUGCUUUUGUUUAAAUCAAGAAAAUUUCUUCGGUCGCGAAGAAAUUUUUCAUCCAUCCGAAAGUUUCACCUUCGAGAUAUAAAAAAAAAAUGCUUCCCGAGAAACAUCAUUUUUUGCACUUAACAAUCAUUCAGAUUCAUAAAUAAAUUAAUUAUAUAAUAAUUAUUAUUAUUCUAGAACAUAAAUAAAAUUGAAAAAUUCCUUUUUAAAAAAUGUGUAGUAGCUUUUGUAAGGAGUUUCCUUUUUUUCUAUACAAUCUCGAAGCGAUGAAAAUUCUGGAUGCAAGAAGAAUAAAGGAAGGAAGUAAUUUGAUGAAUUUUUCCUUUUUAAAAAACACAUUAUCGCGUUAUCCAAUCUCUCGUGCAUUUGGAUUUUCUAUCUUUAAUAUUUGUUACUUAAUUUUUUUGUUUAAUCAAGUUAAAAGAUAGAUUUAUUAAAUUAAGAAGAAAAUCCAAAAAGAAAGCGAUAAAGUGUACUUACAAGAUAUUUCCACGUAAAAAAAACAGGGGAAAAAAAUGUUUCACGUUUCGUGUUC